GAAGUUUACCGUUGCGGUAAUCCGGUUCAGAGACGACAAGUGCGGCCGACAGAAGCUGAACUCAGUCACAAUUUUCAGCUCCGUGAGCCCUAAAAGCUGCAGUCUUUACCGGCUAACCACCGAGCUGAGCGUCUGUGUACACUGCCAUGGUGGACUGAUGUGUGUAACGACGAGACGCGUUUGCACAGGAGGAGAUUUUUUUUCUUUUUUUAAGCUAGUUUGUACCUCCAGUUGGUGAUGGUGUACACAGGGCUGGAUGAGUAGCCUGACGAGCAGCGAGUAGCCUGACGCCUCUUCACCGCAGGCCGGGACAAGCGUUUCAGCUGAGUCCGGAGGACCAAGACAACCAAAUGCUUCCAAGUUUUUGACAAUAAACGAGGUACUUGGAUACAGUCGGUCUGCUCCAAACUGCCUCACCAGUUCCUGCUGAAAGUGAGACCCAACCAGCUUUCACGGUGGAAACGAGAAGAAGAGCAAAGAUGAAUGCUGUGCGGGGGGGCACAGUCACCUGGCGUCCCCAGCCGUGGCAGGACGGAGACGGGGGUGGAGGGGAGCCUCUGUCAGACAGCGACUCAGAGGAGGAGGACUUCCCCGAUGACAGCACCACCCCGCUGGGGGACUACAUAACUCAUGGACUGAAGCAACUCCUGGAUGCUCAGCAGCUGUGUGAUGUUACCCUCCUUGUUGAAGGAAAGAAGUUCAUGUGUCACAGAGUCCUUUUAGCAGCCGUGAGUCCGUACUUUCGGGCCAUGUUCACCAGCCCGCUGGUGGAGUCUCGCCUCACAGAGAUCCGGCUUGAGGAAGUGACGCCAUCUGUCAUGGAAACCAUCAUCCAGUUUGUGUACACUGGGGAGGCUGGGCUCUCCCUGGAUACAGCUGAGGAUCUGUUUGUGGCUGCCAACCGGCUUCAGGUCAUGCCCCUCCAGGACCUGUGCUCCAGGUUUCUUUUUGAGCACCUCUCAGUGGACAACUGCCUGGGGAUGUACUCUCUGGCUCGCUCUCACCAUGACCAGCUCCUGCUGCGUGCCUCCCUGCGACUGGUAGCCCAGCACUUUCCCCGGGUGGCCCGCCAGAAAGACUUCCUCCUGCUCGACCACGGCACCUUAGGCAGUCUUCUGAGCUCCGACCGGCUGGGCGUGGACUCGGAGGCAGAGGUAUAUGAUGCGGCACGCCGCUGGGCAGAGCACCAGCCUUUGGAUCGCUACGCUCACAUGCCGGCGCUGCUUCACCACCUGCGCCCCGGGCUGUUGUCCCAGGAAGAGAGCCGAAGACUGAGCCAAGAACUGGGGCCAGCAGCAGCAGGAGAAGGCCUCGGCGGGCCUCUCAGACCACGAGAGGGAAUGUUUGAGAAAAAGAUUGUCUGUGUGGACCUGACGCCUCGGGAAGAUGAGUAUUUAGCUGCAAGAGACUACACGGUGGACUGCUUUGAUCCUCGGACAGGGAAGUGGGAGAAGCUAGCACCACUCGGCUCACUUGUCAGUCCUGGCUGCACAGCUGUGGGCGACAGGCUUUUUGUAGCUGGUGGGAUCCUGCGGACCGGCUCUGUGUCUGCAGCCGUGCAUGAAUACGAUGCUGUGUUGGACCGCUGGAUAGAGCAGCCUUCGAUGGUCCAGCCCCGGGCCAUGCUAGGCCUCCUUGGAUGUGGAGAGUCACUCUAUGCUUUGGGUGGCAGCAACCGCUCAGCUCUCCUGGACUCCAGUGAGACUCUGGACCUGACCACACUUCAGUGGAGUCCUGGGCCUCGGCUACCGCUCCCCCUGCGCGCCUUUGCCUGUGCAGCACUACGUGGAAGACUUUACCUCCUGGGUGGAACCACACUUGAACAGAACCGAGCUGUGGUCCACUCAGGCGUGCUUAUUUAUCACACCCUGACAGACUGCUGGACACGUGUGGCACUAGAUUCAGGUGCCACCUGCCUCGCUGGAGGAGUAGCAGUGCGAGGUGGAGUGUGCGCCAUUGGGGGAUACAUGAGGGAUACCACCAAGUUCCUGGAUGGUAACUACACCAACCUGGAGACUUUGGACGCUACAGGCCGUGUGCUGUUUUUCAGAGAAGGCAGAGGGUCAGGGGUGGAGAGGGAGGUGACUGGGGGAGGGGUGCUGGUCAGCGCAGAGCAGCGAGGGGGAGCGGGUGGCGGAAGUGACCGAGCUCCAAGCCCCGUCGUUUUUCCGGGGUUGCCUCGGCGGAUUGCAGCAGGGGGUGUGGCCAGGUGGAAAAGACGGAUUUAUGUGUUGGGAGGGGAAAAUGGCUCGCGCUUUUACGACAGCGUGUACUGUUGGAAACCCGGCUGGCGCAGCUGGGUUCAGAGACGGGAAAAACUUCCGGGAGAUACCGGAGGCGUGAGCCAGUUUGGGUGCACCACUCUAAAAUUCCCUAAAAAACACAUCCUGUCCAGACUCAGACUAGCCAAAGAAAACUGCAAGAAGCCCUCUGACUAGCUGAGCAGGAAGCAGUGAGACUGAAGUGAGGGUCAUAGACACAGAUUUACUCCAAGGAGAAUCAGCUCCUCCAUGGCUUCUUGAAAUGUUGAAUUUUAAAAUGAAGUCACGUGGAAAAUAGCAUUUUAUACUAUCUGAGUUCAGCCACCAAGCAGGCCUAGAAUAGACCGGAUCAUCUGAAAGUGUCACAGAUACAUCAGUAGUCAAACAGGCAGUAGGUAGAGGCAGAAACUGGGGAAAAGUCAGGCAACGUGCACCUGAAUGUAACUGAAUCCACUGUUUGUCCUCUAUAACCCAGAAAAGGGCCUUCACUUGAUUGAAGUGUGAUGUUAUUUUAAGCUUUUUUUUGCUGUUGUAAUAACUCUAAAUUUGUGGAUUUUCUUUGGACGCAUUUAGUUUAGACACAAGGAUACUGGCACAUUCCUGUUCACUUUAUUUCCCUAAAUCUUUUUUAUUGCUCUCCUGAUCUCAGCCUGCAAAAGCCCUUUGAUACUGCAAUUUACAGCACACAAAACCUGACUGGAUGGGAAAUGUAUUGUAGAAAGUUUUAGAAUAACUGUAUUUAUAGAGCAUCUUUGAAAAAAAAUCAAGAAAUAAUGGGUGUUGAAAGAGAAGAAAUGAGCCCAUAAAUCAUUGAGGUGAUUGUAAAAUAGAUAAUGGACUUUCUAUAGCCUUUGUAGUGUUGCAUUCCUGAAGACAGGAAUACAGAAAGUAAUGUAAUGUAAGAAGAGCAUGGAUAUGAGUUUCUAAGUUUUCUGUGAGUUGAAAGGAUUUUUGAUGGUGCAAGAAACAAGAGUGAAGAACAGACUGGACCUGGUAAACAAUGCUUGAUGUCAAAGAUGACACGCACACAUCUGGGAGUCAUUUCAAUAAAUUGUGUGUGGAGGAUUUCAGAGCAGCCAUUGUCUCAGCCAUGUCUGACACUUUUCUAAUUAAGAUGCAAAAUGAAGGUUUUUGUUGUUUUCACAGAUUCAUUUUGAUCCCAGGUUACAAAACUACAUUAAACAGCUUUUCUAAUGGCUCCAGCCCCCCC